GGCCGCGCGAGGCCGAGGCGAUGAGGGCCCUGGCGCGGCUGGCGCUGAGGGCGCGGUGGUGCCGCCCGCUCUGGGCGAUGCCGGCAAGGGCCGCCGCCGCUUCGCCUCCUCCUCACGCCACAACCUCGCCGGGCUCGGGCGCGCUGAACCCCUUCGACCGCCGGCUGAAGCGGAAGCAGAAGAACUGGGCGGCGCUGCAGGCCGAGCCCGCCAAGUGCGAUUACCUGCGGGAGGAGGUUGGCGGCAGGAUCGCGGACCGGGUGUUCGACAUCACCAGAACGUUUCCUCUCGCUUUGGAUGUUGGCUCUGGAAGAGGUUACAUAGCUCAGCACUUAACCAAGGAAACAGUUGAAAAACUUAUUCAAGUUGAUAUCGCAGAGAAUGCUUUAAAAAAUGCUGUAGAAUCUGAAAUCCCAACAGUCAGGGUUGUAGCUGAUGAAGAAUUCCUUCCUUUCAAAGAAGAUACGUUUGAUCUUGUUGUCAGCAGCUUAAGCUUACAUUGGGUGAAUGAUCUUCCUAAGGCUUUCAGAGAGAUCCACCAGGUGCUGAAGCCCGACGGAGUGUUCAUUGGGGCCAUGUUUGGGGGGGACACCCUGUACGAGCUGCGCUGCUCUCUGCAGCUGGCCGAGCUGGAGAGGGAAGGGGGCUUCUCUCCUCACGUGUCGCCCUUCACCGCCGUCGCCGAUCUGGGACAUCUGCUCUCCAGGGCCGGCUUUAACACCCUCACCGUGGAUACUGAUGAAAUCCAAGUGAACUAUCCAGGGUUAUUUGAGGUUAUGGAAGACUUACAAGGUAUGGGGGAGAGUAAUUGCUCUUGGAAUAGAAAACCUCUGCUACACAGGGAGACAAUGCUGGCAGCUGCUGCAAUAUACCAAGAAAUGUACGGAAACAGCGAUGGCUCGGUACCUGCCACAUUUCAGAUCUACUACAUGAUUGGCUGGAAAUACCAUGAGUCACAGGCAAAACCAGCCCAGCGAGGUUCUGCGACAGUUUCAUUUGGAGAUCUGGCAAAAAUAGAAGGACUUCUUAAAAGAGGAAAAAAAUAGCUGUUCAUCAGAAAUAAUAAUUGUCUUAAAACUUCUAUAAAAGUUUUGACUGCAAACAGUCUUCACUUGUGCUUAUUUAGUGAUGACAUCCUGAAAUGAUAAUAAAGUAUGCACAGUAGAGGUUUUUGUACUGCUACGGCAUCAUCUGUAUAAAAUGCUGUUAAUUUUUUGUUUCUAGAUAAACAUUUGAGCAGUUUGCUCUCCCAAGUCUUUGAGAGAGCAAUUCAGCUCUCAACUGUUCAUUAAAUUUGCUAUUUUCAAAAAUAAUGUCUCUUCCAGCAUUUCAGUAUCACAGGCUGCUCCAGGUAUGGUUUACAUGUCUUGAAUGUAUUUUUUAAUUAUUUCUCAAGGAUAGUAGAUCAUAAUAAAUAAUAGUGUAUUAUAAAAGUAAAGAAUGGUAGCAGGUAUAUUUAUGAGAAAUCCUAUAAGAGAAACUACCAGAAAAUACAAAGAUGUAAAUUAUUAUGGUUUUUAUGAGUUGGAAAGCAUGGGUAAAAAGUUGCUGUAAGUAUUGUUUCAGAUUUGAAUAAUUAAGUGAUAGUUUAUCUAAAAGUUAGUUGAAAAUUACAUUUACAGGUUACUUUCCACUUUCCUAUGUCAAAGGCUAAAGAGCAAGGAGAGCAAUUUUCUCUUUAGCUGUGCUGUGGAGCUAUGACUUUUCCUAUCUAUAACUGCAUUAUCAGAAAUUGAUACUAAUUGCAGCUAUGAUUCAUUAAUAUGAGAGGUUUAGAAAAGAUACCUGCCCAGAGAUUUUACUUGAUUGUAGCAUUAAUAGAGAUGGGGAGAAACAGAAGGAAUGAAGGCGAUACAACCAAAUAUACAGUUCAAUAAGUUUUAUCAUAGUAUCUGAGUGGUGUAGCAAUCCUGGUGGAACUAAAGCCUUUAUAAGUUUAUUUCCUAGUUUUUUUAAAGAUUAUCCACCAGGUGGAGUUUGACAGAGCUUGUUCAUACCCAACAGGCCAAGUAGGCAGAAGCCUUCCCAUCUCUAAAGUCCUGAUCUGGGGAGUUAUUUUAUCAACCAGGCUUUGACUUUGAAUAAGAAAUGGACAGAGAUGGUACAAAUCAUGAGUAGGAUGCCAACAGUAUUCUGUCCUGUUAUUGCUUACAAACCUAACCCAUAAUUUUUCAAAGGAAAUGAGUUCAUAUUUUCUUUUCCUAGAAAAGAACAGUGUUUCUGGAAAAAGUGGGAGAGACUCUAAAUGGUCUGAUAACCUUUAAAGCCCUCUAAAGACUAAAUAUAAAACAAGAGCUUGUUUCUGUGAAAGCCUACUUUUCUUUGAUAUUACAUCAGUGGACUCAGUACAAGAUACUGCAUUUCUCUACAGGUCUUAUCUUAAAUAAGAUUCCCUUGUUUCUGGAGGAAUCUCUGGUUUCCCAGAUGUAGGUAUCUGUGGAGUUGUGUCAAAUUAAUGUAACUUUAUAAACCAUUGCUUUAGUAGGUUAAUUUCCAGGCACUUGAGCUGGUGGUUGUGACUCAGACGUGUUAAGGCAAUGAGGAGGUGGAAUAUGCUGGGUAAAUGUUAAUUGGAGAAGUGCUCCUACUGUGCUCCUUUGAAGUACUCAAGUUAUGGAGGCAAGGAAGGAUUUCCAGUUCUUUGAUUUCAUGUUUCAUAGAUGGCAUACAUAAAUAGUGAAGUGUUUUGGUAAUGGAGAAACAUAUCUUCUGAACAGGGAGAAAGGAUGAGUAGCUUUCCUCCUAGCCCUUGGUGGGGGGAAAUAAGGUGUAGAUAUUCCAUUAAUUUGGAAAUGGGCUGGGGAGUAAUAGAAGUAAGGAGUAGUAAAUAUGGCAUUGGAGCAGUGCGAGUUGGAAUUGGGGAACAUGUAACAGGCAAGCAAAGUGUUCAUUUCCCUGGCUGUGUUUGAAUAACUGCCUUUUCUGAGGGUUUUUAACUGAAAUCAUGUGGGUUUUUUGUAGUACUUCUUGGAAUUCUAGGUUACUCCUGGUUUCUACUAGCUGCUUGAAUAAUUAACUUUGAAAACAGUUUACUAUGAACAGAUGCUUUUGUCACAAGGCUCUGUUUCAUUUUAAUUAUUUUUCAGAUUUAAGUCUUUAUGGCUUUCUAAAAUUAUUAUGGAGAAGAACGUGGUUGCCAGUUGCUACCCUACUAAUUUGUGUAUCCUGAGAGUCAGCUUUUACAGAGUGAGUAACUUCUAAAAGGUAGUUGUGAAGGUGAUGUAAUGUCUCUUGUAAGCUUAGUUAAUUUUAGAAGCUUUAUGCAUAAUACAGAAUAUUUUUCUCCUGAACACAGAAUGAGAAAGGAAUUCAAGGAGAUAAUUAUUUUGAUUCAUCAAAAGCUAGGAGCCCAUAAAUAAAAUAAAGUUUAGAAGAAGCAUGGUUGCACUUAAUGUAAGUAUUUUUAUUUUAGAGUUUGAGUCACAAAUCAGUGAGAAUGCUUGGUCUGGGUCUUUAGUUACAAGAUCUGUCAAUGUAUAGUUUUAUUCAAGUCUCUUAAAGAUAAAAGGAUGAGAUCCUGUAUUUUCAAGACUAAGAAUUUGUGAAGUUAAAACAUGAGAGAGGAUUUUUCAUUACUUCUAAUUUAUAAAAAUGUCAUCAGCAGAAGUAAAAAAGUGAACCAAACAAAAUUAAAUUUAACUGUAUUUCUUUACACUGUUUAAAAAAGAAAAAUAUGAGUGACACUCUUUUAAUGUUUUCUGGAAAAACUAGGAGCUAAUGCUGAGCUUUCAGUUGCAGGGGGAGGAACACACCAAGCUUUCUUACGGUGUUUAAUUGGAAUUUCCUGAAGCAAGAACCUGAUCCCAGGGAUUAAAUCCUUAGAGCAUCUUGUUUAAGAAGGCACAUUUUGGAAGGCUAGCAUGUAUGUUAUACCUCUUAAGUUUUCAUUUGUCUAAUCCAAAGACUUAAUGUGCUCUUUUCAAAGAGGUGAUCCAUUUUUGCCCAGGCUUUGUAGCCAUUAUUUUGGAGGAGUGCAGUUAUUGUAGUGCUUUGAUUGGAAUCAGUCUGAGUACUGAAGGAAGUGUGACCUAUGUAGAUAGUGGUUUGAUUUCCUGAAUAUCUUGGGUGCCUUCAGGUGCAAGAAAAGGAAGAAGAGAAUAAAAAAGAAAAAUAAAAACCUGAGUAAGGUAAGUUUAGCUGGAGGCUACAUAUCAGAGUGAAGCAGAAGACACUGAAGGAGUGUAUUUGCUGCUUGUAAGGGAAAUACAGCUCAUGCCUUACUUAAAUCAAGUUAGAAUUGAAGUGAUUUGUUGAUUUAUUGGUAGCUUGUAAUUAACUCUUAGUCCAUAACCUCUGCAUGCAGGAUUAAUAGCAGCAAUAUAGCAGAUAAAUGACUACUAGACCCUUACAAAACCUUAGUAAACACCUUCACAAAACCUAAACACACUCCUAUAGCAACCCCACAGCACCCACACAUACACCCUCAAAUUUGCAGGUAAAUGCUCAUUCCUGUCCCUUUGCCGGGAGGUUUCAGUGGUAUGAGCCCACCUUUCUGAGAAUGUGUUAUCCUGUGUUCUUCCAUCAUCUGAGGAGAUGUGGAUGCUGUGGUUGUGUUCUCACCUGGGCUGUUCCUAUCACCCACUAAUCCACCCAGCUGUU